CUGGUCUUCUCCAUUGCCUGCACAGCCAUCUUCUGUCUGGGUGCGUUAACCAUGAAACCUCUCAGGGUUCUGCCCAUCCUCACCGAAGAGCCGUUCUCCUCCUCAAUGACACGGUAUCCCCGGACGGGUAGAGCAAGCCUGACAGAGAAUUUGGAGCUUUCUCGAGGGUACACGCAGCUGGAGACGGUUAAGGAGGAGGAGGAUGAUGAUGGUGAUGGUGAAUCUAAGGCUGACUCCGAAAGGAGGAGGGAUCUUCCUGCGAGUUGGAGUGACGAGCGCUUUUAA